UCCUUAGAAGCAUCGGGUUUUUUUGUCAUUCAAGUCAACACGGUUAUCAGGUAGUACUAGUGUGCCUGUACCUAUGGUAAUAACCGACGCUUGUUGACUCUUCGAAUCCGAAGUCCAAACUAUUUCGGCUGUCUUUUUCCCCUUUGGGGCUUUUAUUGUUGCCGGCUGGGUAACUACAGUACACACAACUCACGGAGUCGAUUUGUUCAUGUUGUGUGCAUGGAGGGACAUACAUUGUUGUAGCUAGACACAUAGACUCGAAUGUUUCUCUUCUUGGUCAGGUUGAGCCAUUUUUUUGAUAUUCGUAAUCUGGAGACAGGAUGAUUGCCACAAGACUGAUGACCCUUAGCAACCCCCUCGUACUGUAGCCACUCCUACAAUUUGCAUGGGCUCAGCACUAGUGUGUCAUGACCAGCGAUCGGUAGUCUUUCCCUCCAGUGGGCAAUCCGUCCGCUCGCGGGACUCCCGGGACUCAGAUGCACAGUCCAAGGAUGCUCUGCUACGCCAAACGUCAAGUAACGCCUCGAGCGAGUUCAGGGAGUGCUGGGUUGAGCCUGCUAAGCAGUCUGCGGUGACAGAAAAGAACGUCCAAUUGGUUACAGGAAUUUUGCUGGGCGACUGCGGAGUCCCCGGCCCCACCGGUACCAGCCACGACAACAUCAUGGGCAGCCUGACCGAGCUGCAGAAGGCGCUGCGCCAAAAAGAUGAGCGCAUCAGGCACCUCGAGGACCUGCUCCGGCAGCGGGAUGAGCAUGUCACGGAGCUCCAGUCCAAACUGGACAAGUUCCAAUCGGUCCUGCCCACCUCGCCCUCCUUGGUCAACCUGAUGGGGCGCACGCCUCGCAUCAAGAGGGCUUUGGGUAUCUCGGCCGAGCCCCAGGCGCUCAGGUCGGCCAAGGAGAUGGCCGCUCAAGAGUUCAAGAAGUACCCCAAGUCGAAAGGGUAAGUUCUCAAUUAUAUU